GGCCGGCCUCUAGCGGGAGGGAGUAGGUGUCGGGGAAGCUGGUCGGGCUGAUCCCGCCUUCUGCCUGCGCCGCGGGAGUUGGGGCCAGCUGCCGAGCGCGUCCAGGCUGCACCUCCAGCUACCGCCGGACCGGCAGGCCCUGAGCAUGGGGAAGACAGGGCUGCAGCUGAAAGCCACGCUGGAAAAUAUUACAAACCUCAGGCCGGUGGGGGAAGAUUUUCGCUGGUACCUGAAGCUGAAAUGUGGGAACUGUGGUGAGAUUUCUGAAAAAUGGCAAUACCUACGAUUAAUGGACAGUGCUCCUCUUAAGGGAGGCAGAGGGAGUGCCACGAUGGUGCAGAAAUGCAAGCUGUGCUCCAGAGAGAAUUCCAUUGAUAUCUUAAGAGACACAAUCAAGCCUUAUAAUGCUGAAGACAGUGAGAAGUUUAAGACAAUAGUGGAGUUUGAGUGCCGAGGUCUUGAGCCAGUUGACUUUCAACCACAGGCUGGGUUUGCUGCUGAAGGUGCACAGUCUGGCACGCCUUUUAGUGAAAUAAACUUGCUGGAAAAGGACUGGAAUGACUAUGAUGAAAAAAUAAAGGAGUCUGUUGGAAUCUAUGAAGUUACCCAUAAGUUUCUAAAAUGCUAAAACUGCUUUUAAUAAAAUCUUGACACCUUA